AUGUUUAUGUUGACGCUCAUACUGACAGCGCUCCAUUCCGUUCAGAGCGAUUAUUACAGCACAUCGGCCUCGAAAGAGUCGUAUCCGUUCAUAGUUAGCAUUUCCAAGUUAAAAUUUGGCGUCAUGAAAUCCCACAUAUGCGUCGGUUCAAUAAUUCGAUCAAACCAAGUAUUGACCGGAUGUGGGUGCACCGGAGAGUUCCGCCAGAACCGGCUCCGACCCCACGACCCGAAAUGGUACAAAGUACUCACGGGAAUGAUCGAAAACGACGGCAACGCGGAAGAGGAACACGACGUGACGGAAAUGCUACCGCACAAAAGGUGCCGAAAGAUCAACGCCCUCUUCAACCAAUACGACAUCGCUGUCAUUGUCGUCCAACAGCCGUUUUCCGUGGAAAUCACAAGUUCCACGUUCACCCUCGGUUCCCUUUUUACGGACAAGCAGGUCCUGGCCAUGAUGAGAUCGGGCUCGGCGUGCACGGCGGUCGCCUGGGGAAGAACGGGCCCGGAGAACAGCCUUUUUGUGGGAGAGAGAGUGCGCGUCGUCGAUGUACGUUUGAUGAAGUACGCAAGGUGCCAGGAGACGGUCUGCGACAUUGAAGAAGACGUCUGUACCGAGGAGAGCACCAUGGUCUACGCCGGAAUCGUGUGCGGACGGUCGAAUUAUUCUUGCGUCAUCGACAAAGGUUCUCCCGUCUUCUGCGAAAACAAACUUUUCGCUAUAGCAUCUGAAGUCCUUUGCCCUUACGGUUUACCCGUCUCUCCUUUCAUCUACAUGAGGAUCGACAAAAUCUUCGAUUGGCUCCAGCCACUUCUCAACGAAGCUCAUCCGGCCACGCAGACUUUAUAUUUGCUCACCAUUUUACUUUUUUUAACAGCUAUUAUGUUCUAG